AUGCAAAAGCAAUUGUCAUUAAUGCAUGCAUUACGCGCAAACAUAGACGAAAUAUAUGAAGAAAUAACCAUAAAACAUCAUUCAAGUUAUUAUGAUCUGAAAUAUUCUCUGAUAGAAAAAUAUCAGAAGGAUCUGAAGGAUAACAAUGAUGAAAUAUGGUCAUCAGCCGACGCAGAAGACAUCGUCGGAUAUACUUGGGAUCAAUACUAUUCAACGGAUAAAGAUGCCCAAAACGCGUUGAUAUAUUUAAAACAACACAGUCAACCAACUGAAGGAUUGACGUCAGAGGGGCCUGCAGCAACUCAACAAAUCAGACUUCCAAAAAUAGUUUUACCAACAUUUGAUGGAGACUAUUUAAAAUGGAUUGAAUUUAGAGAUUUGUUUCAACAAUUGAUCCAUGAUCAAUCAAUAAGCGCAGCCCACAAAAUGUUCCAUCUAUCUACAAAUUUGGCGCGUGAGCCAAAAGCCCUCAUACGGCAUCUGCCAAUUUCCGAGCAAAAUUACAAUAUAGCUUGGGAUAUUCUGUCAAAUCGGUAUGACAAUAAACGACUCUUGGUGACAGCAUUACUAAAUAAAUUGUUAUCACAACCAAAUAUAACAAUUGAAUCAGCAAGCAGUCUUAAGGGCAUACAUGAUGUUACAAAAGAAUGUUAUUAUGGAUUAGUAGCUCAAGGUAUUGAUGUUAAAUCUUGGGACGCCAUAAUGGUUCACGUAAUUAUUAGAAAGCUGGACAAAGCUUCACAUACAGCAUUCGAGCAAUCGUUAGAAGACAGCCGAAGAAUAAUUUCAUUAAAAGAAUUAUUGCGGUUCCUAGAAGGAAGAUUUCAGACAUUCGAAUUAAUGACGAAUGGAAACCACAAACAAAGUCACAAACCACGACAUCCAGCAGUAGCACUUACAGCUACAGACUCAGGAUCAAAAUGUAUUACUUGCAAUAGUAGUCAUCAAUUAUUUUCAUGUGAAACUUUCAAACGUAAAUCCAUACAACAGAAGUAUGAUUUACUAAAACGUCAUAAAUUGUGCACAAACUGCAUGAAACCUGGUCAUAUGGCAUUACAAUGCUCCAGCAGGGGUUGUACUAUAUGCCAAAGAAGACAUAAUACACUGUUGCAUCAAAAUAGACACCCAGUUCAACCAUCAAAUCAUAAGUUAGUUGAAAACACUUCAAGGCCACUUGCACAAACAACUCUAAUGUCAUCUAUCAAUCAUGGUCAUACCAGUUGCGUUCUUUUGGGAACAGCAAAACUUUUAGCCUCCAACUCUAAUGGAAGAACAGUCGAGUGCAGAGCAGUACUGGAUUCAGGUUCACAAAUAAAUAUUGUGACUGAACGACUGGCAUCCAGAUUGGGUCUGCAAGUAAGCUCCAGUUCGAUUUGCAUCGAAGGCAUAGGGAUAGGUAAAUUGAGUUCUAAAAGUCGUACAACACUUUCUGUGCAAUCAAAAGUGACCGAUUACAAAACAAUACUUGAAGCAUUUGUGUUGCCAAAAAUUGUAUCCAAUCAACCAUCGCAACACUUACAAAUUUCAAAUUGGAAUCUGCCCAAUAACAUCCAAUUAGCAGAUCCUACAUUCUAUAAGUCUGACAAAAUUGAUAUGUUGCUUGGAGCAGAAUUUUAUCAUCAACUCCUAAGUCCUGGUCAAAUACAACUUUCAAGGGAACUACCAAUUCUAUAG